UCGAGUCAACUGGCGGAACAGCGGGCACCGAGUCGUCUGGCAAGACUGGGGCACCGAGUCGUCUGGCAAGACUGCGGGCACCGAGUCGUCUGGCAAGACUGCGGGCACCGAGUCGUCUGGCAAGACUGCGGGCAUUGGGUCACCAGGUAUGACAGCGGGCACUGGGUCACCAGGCAUCAGGUCAUCUGGCUCGCCAGCGGGCACUGCGUCAUCUGGCAAGGCAGUGGGCACCGAGUCAAUUGGCACGACAGCGGGCACCGGAUCAGGUACCGGAUCAUCUGGAUCAACAGCGGGCAUCGAGUCAACUGGCCUAAUAGGAUCGUCAGGCUGGAUCAGUUCAUUAUUCUGGGUAGAAGCAUCCGGCUGAGUAGAGGCAUCCGGCUGAGUAGAGACUUCAGUAGAGGCUUCAGGCUGAGUAGAGGCUUCAGGCUGAGUAGAGGCUUCAGGCUGAGUAGAGGCUUAGAGGCUUCAGGCUGAGUACAGGCAUCAGGUUGAAGAGAGGCAUCAGGCUGAACCACGGAAGGCAGAGGGCUUCUUUACAGGGUUAACGGCAGGAUAGGUGCAGCGAGUGGGAACAGGGUACUGACAUGCGGUAGAUAGCAGGGCAGGAGGAGCUGUUGGGAAUGCAGGAAUAGAGUUUUGAGGAAAUAGAUUAGAAGCAGGACUGGGUUUUUGUAAGCUGACUGAGGCUGGUGCAACAAAUCUGUCCAUGUCUGCAGUAUGGGUUGAACAAAGCUG